GGGCAGCAUGGCUUCCACUACCUUUCAUCCGGACUGGGCUUACGACUUUAUCAUCUGUGGAGGCGGCACCACAGGCUGCGUGGUCGCAGGCCGCCUUGCAGAAGAUGCAGACGUCAAGACCCUCGUCAUAGAGGCUGGCCCGGACAGCGAGAAGCUCGAGAAUGUCCACAUGACGGGAGGCUGGUCCAAACUCUUCGACCUUGAAACCGAUUGGAAUAUUGUCUCGGAAAAGCAGCCCGCCGUCAACAACCGGCAGGUGAAGCUGAGCAGAGGCAAGUUCCUUGGUGGCUGCUCUGGGUGCAACGGGACUCUCUGCAUUCGGGGCUCCCAGCAGGACUACGACGACUGGGGUCUCGAGGGCUGGAGUGGCAAGGAGUUCUUCAAGUAUAUGUCCAAGGCUGAGACAUUCCACGGCAAGCCAUGGUUCAAAGCGUCUAAGGCAUCACACGGCUAUGACGGCCCUCUCCACACGGAGCCACACAAUCUUGCCCCCAUCUCGCAGCUCAUAUUAGAUUCGAUGAAGUCCAAGGGACUUUACCUGGACCAUGACAUGUUCUCGCACGGAAACACGGCGAAUGGGUGCGGCCACGUUCCGAGAACGGUCCAUCAGGGGGUCCGCACUACGGCAGCCGACUUCAUCACCAAGAAGAACCGCCGGGACAACAUCGACAUCAUGGUGAAAACCCAUGUGGACAAGGUGAUAAUUGGGAAGGAUCCCAUGAGCGAGCUAAAGGCCACCGGCGUGAGGGCAGUCAGGGCGGACGGCAGCGUGGUGGAGGUGAUGGCUCUCAAGGAAGUCAUCGUCAGCGGCGGCGCGUACUGCAGCCCCAUCAUUCUGAACCGCUCAGGCGUUGGCGAUUUUCAGGAGCUGGAGCAACACGGCAUCCCGUUACGUGUUCAUCUGCCAGGCGUGGGGAAGAAUCUGAUGGACCACCUGAUCGUCUUCAUGUUCUACGAAACCGACAAACCCGGCCUCACCAACGACCACCUAGUCUACCACGGCGACUCGCUAGCCAAGACCUACGCGCUCUGGAAGGACAAGAAGACGGGUUUCCUUUCCACCUUCCCCUUCGGCGUCUUCGCCUUCGCACGGCUAGACGCCCGCCUAGCGACCUCAGCGCUGUGGAGGUGGGCGCACCGGACCGCGACCCGCGACCCGAUGGGCCUGACGUGGGCGCAGCCGCACGUCGAGUUCUUCACGACAGAGUGCUACGGCGGGCCGAAGCAGUUCGACCGGUUCCCCGGCGACGGGCAGCACGCGUUCAGCAUCAUCGCCGAGCUGUUCGCGCCGCGGUCGCGCGGCACGGUCGCCCUUCGCGACGCCGACCCGACUUCGACCCCUGUCGUCGACUGCAAUUACCUCGCCGACCCGCUCGACGUUGAGGUCCUGGCUGAGGGGUGCCGAUUCGCCAACGAGAUCAUCGUGCAGGGCGACGGCACCAAGGAUAUCGUCAAGGGAUCGUGGCCGCCGGAGGGGGUGCAGCAUCACCGGUUUACGACCAGGGAGGAGUGGAUUCCCUAUGUGAGGGAUAAUGCAACUACUUGCUACCACGCGGCGGGUACUUGUGCCAUGGGCGACAAUUCUAAACCCAACGCCGUUGUGGACAAUAAACUCUGCGUCAGGGGUGUCAAGUGUCUUAGGGUUGCAGAUUGUAGCAUCAUGCCCACGUUGAACGGCGGUCACACGCAGAUGCCGGCGUACGGAAUUGGCGAGAAGGCGGCAGACCUGAUCAAAGAGAGGUGGGGCUUGAAGUCU